AUGUCUCAAUCUAGAGACAACUCUCCAGGGUCUGAUGAUCCUGAUGCGAUGGCUGCACAAUUGCUAGCGCAAUUCCAGAGCGCUUCCUCUCUCACGACUCCUCCUAUCAUCCCACCUGAGGGUUCCAAAAAUGCCCUUCAGCCAGUGCAACAUGUCACUGGAAACUCACAUGAAUCAACCAUCUCUUUUGAGAUAAUCGUCCCAGCGGUUAACAACCCUGAGGACUAUGAGUAUUUGCCCGGUCACUUCGAGAUUCAUCGCAUUCUUGCAGUCGAUAUGCACGAGCCAAAGCUCAUUGUGAGACUCAAAAGUGGUGAACGUCAAACUAUGACCAUCAAAGAAUUGAAAAGCCUCAAGAACGGACGGGAGGCUUUGCGUGAAUUCAAUCGCGACUCACAGAGCCCUGAUCCCCUGGCAAUGGACCAUGAACCCAUUUCAGAUCUCGUUUACUCAGGUGGAGAUGGUCCUGCAGACUAUGAUUCAGACAUGGAUUGGGGAAUUGCACGAAGGCGCCAACGGCGUGGACCACCAAUCUCAUACGAUCAUUUCUUCCGCAGUGGCGAUGAGGACGACGAUAACGACCAUCAAAGCCGCCGUGAAGCAAGCAGCAGCGUGCAGAUUGAAGACUCAGAGGAGUCCAGUGAUGAGGAUGAUCCUCUAACCAAACGCCGCUACCUGAGAAGAGGUGUACAGCAGAAGGGCCGAAAGCAACGUACCCGUCAAUGGUCCGAACAGUCUUCUGCCUCCGAUACAGGCAAACGAGCAUCAUCUCGCCUGCGACAAACCCGUCGGCGCAACAUGAAAGAACGCCUUGAAGACGACGAAUAUUCCGAGCGCGAAGUUGAGCAGCCUAAGCAAAAGUUCUCGGGCGCGAGGGAGCAGUUCCGUGAACUCCCAGAUGAUAAUGAGUUCAGACUGUGCCACUGCCAGUCAUGUGCCCAAUGCGGCUAUGAAGAUCAUGACAUCGAAAAAGGGUCUUUGGUUUUCUGUCAAGGUUGUACUGUGUCAUACCAUCAAGGUUGUCUUGGCGAUCGAAGCAGCCGAAAGCACUUGGUCACCAAGGUUAACGAGGGCGAUUUCAUUCUCCAAUGCAGUCGGUGUUUGGGGAUCAAGCACCAAGAGCAUGACAUGAAGCCUCAUUUAGGCCACUGUGCCGUGUGCAGAGAUGAAGGGCCCAUGGCGCAGCCUUUGCGAGAGACUCUUUCUUCCCAGACUGAGCAACAAUUGCGUGAAGCCAACGAUGGCAUAGAUCCGAUUACCCACGUCGAUAUGUCCCGUGUCAACAAUGUCGACAAUGUCCUCAUCAGAUGCCUUGGUGGCAGUCAUAGCUGCAAGCGAGCCUUCCAUGUCCAGCAUCUACCAAACAUGACAGAGAGGGACCGUGCCGACAUUGAUCCUGCUUAUUGGCAGUGCAACGAAUGCUCUGAAUCCCCCCUGGAGCCAACCCAAUCCACGUGA